GCAACAUCUUCAUCUUGAAUUUCUACAAAAUCUGAGGAUUUAGACUUUUUUCUUUUCUUUCCAGUGUCUUUUUUCAAAUAUUUCCUUGCAAUAUACUCUGCGUUCGACAUAGUUGUUUAGUGUAGAUAUAUCACACUUAUGCACAAUCCCUUUACCAUCUUCCAGUUCCUCAGGGAGAUCGUAGUUUAAGCUUUUCUUGUUACAAGAUGGAUAUUAAAGAUACGAAACCCUUCUCGAAUGUUAAGCAAGAACCUGCAGAUGUGAAAGAACCGAAAGUAGAAGAGAAACCUGCUCAAAAUACACCUCCCCCGCAAAACCAACAAAAGUUCCUAGAUUUUCAACUAUCUUGGUGCCCUAAGAAUGAAAGAAAAACUGUAAACCACCAUUUAUUAAAAUUUCAUUCCAAUAAAACCAUUGACCCUACGAAAACAUUUGUGCCACCCAUUAAGAUGCAAAGAAGAGAUCCCCAUGCCUCCUCUUCAUCAAACAACGAGCAGCAGUCUGCUGAACCUGGAAGCUCUGGCAAUGUAGACGUAUCUUCUAUUGCUCCUUAUGGUGGAGCUCAAAACAUGAAGCAAAACGCCUUUAAACGAAAGACCCGCCAAGUUGUCAAGGUGGAUCCACAAGUCCGCAGACUCCAAGAAGAAGAAUUAUCGCCUUGGAUAAUGGAGGAUUUUGAAGGAAAAAACACUUGGGUUAGCACUAUGGAAGGCGGUCAAUCCUCUGCCUAUGUCUUGUUUAUGUUUUCUGAGAAUGGAUUCAAGGUUAUUCCAGCCGAUCGUUUCUAUCGAUUCAAUCAGCGUAAUAAUUUUCAAACUCUCUCUAUUGAUGAAGCCGAGGCCAAGAUGAAUAAAAAGACUCCAAUUCCUCGAUGGUUUAUGAAAAAAGAUAAUGAGCAAGAAGGAUCUUCGGAGGGCACUGCUUCGCCUAUGUACCACCUCAAAACAGUUCCCAAUGCUCGUACCGUUUCUGGACCUAGGGCUACGGGAAGUGAUGAUGAAUUAGAUUUUGAUGAAGAGUUUGCAGACGACGAGGAAGCGCCGAUUAUGGAAGGCAAUGAGGAGGACAAUAAACAGUUGGAAGACAAGAUGAAAAAAGAAAUGCUUACUGCCAAUUUAUUUGGUGAAGCUGAAGAACCUAACGUUGAAGCGGAGCAAGAACGCCAGAUAUCUCAUGAAGGUAAAAAACUUCAACGUUAUCUCAAAUUACUUGAGAAAAAUCUGGCUUAUGAAAGUGACGAGGAAGAUGAGAACCCUUAUGCUUCACCCAACGAGGCUAGCAGCGAAGAAGAGGUACUUAAAGAAGAAGAAGAGUUACAGAAGCGUGAAGAAAAAGUUAAAUCUCGUUUUUCAGCUUCAAAAGCUACUACCCCCAAACCGUUGGGUACCCCUAGUACCAAUUUAAGUCCUCAACGUCCAGUCUCUCGACUCAGUUCGCCUUCUCAGUCUUUUGUACAAUCAAGGACUUCAGAGCCUAUCGUUAAAGGACCCGGAUAUCUUGUUUUACGAAUCUCAAGUGAAAAACUUUCCCGGUUUGCUUCUGACUUUCCUCCUCUUCGUCCUAAAAUAACUACUGCUCCCGCGUCUGAUGCAACUGUUGGAGCAGAGGGAGCAGCGAAUGUACCUACAGACGAUUCCAAUCUCAUAACUGAUGCCGAAGUCAUAGAAGCUCUCAGGAAUGGACCUAUCACUAUUAAAGAUUUGAUUCAUCUAUUUCAAGCCAAGUUUAAAGCAGACACCAGAAAUCGUACGGUCAUUCAGAAGGUUAUUCGAAAAGUUGCCAGAUUUGAAAACAAGUUGUUGGUUUUGAAAUAGAACUGAGAUAGUUCGUGUAAUGGCCUUGUGAUGCUAUUAUAAUGGUUGCAGAAAUCAGUCUUCGUCAAGAACACGUACAUUUUGUCGAAAAAGGAGAUAAAAAAAUACGUACAUUUUUGGUUGUUAGGAAAGGGACACUAAGUUAUGAGAGUAUGGAAUGAAAAGAAAUUAUUUAUAGGAAUGACCAAGAACACUUCAUUUACGAUAAAUAAUAAGUUUACGAAUUUACUGGUUUUGUAACGAUAUAUGACUGCAUAAUAAAAAUGAAUUAAGAUUACGU